AUGCAAGGCCAACAUGUUUUAAUAACUGGUGCUGCAGGAGGUAUUGGUUUUGCUCUUGCACGUUUAUUUCUUGAACAAGGUGCUAAUGUUUCUCUACAUUAUAAUCGUACAGUUAAUACUCUAACUCCAUUACUUGAGAAAUAUACUGACCAAUGUUAUGCUCUAUCAGUAAAUGCAGCUGAUGAACAAGCUGUACAACAAGGUAUUGAACAAAGUUGUUCUCAUUUUGGUCUUAUUAAUGUUUGUAUUGUCAAUCAUGCUGUUUAUGUUGAUGACGAUCUUCCAAUUUGGGAAAUGUCACUUGAACAAUGGCAACGUACACUUGAUGUUAAUUUAACAGCAUAUUUUCUCUAUGCACGUGAAUGGUGUCGACAAUUAAAACGUCUAAAACCUACAACUGAUAUCGAGAAUGUCAAUGCAAGUUUAAUUUUCAUUGGUUCAACAGCAGGUGAAUUUGGUGAAGCAAAUCAUAUUGAUUAUGCUACAAGUAAAGGUGCACUUCAUUCUGGUUUUAUCAAAUCUUUAAAAAAUGAAAUUGUUAAUAUAAUUCCACAUGCAAGAUGUAAUAUAGUUGCACCUGGAUGGACACGAACACCAAUGGCUGAAACUUCAAUUGAACAAGGCAAACAUUUAAAAGCUUUACGAACAACAUCAUUACGAAAAGUAGCUACAGUCGAAGAUGUUGCACAAGCUUGUUUAUUUUUUUCUUCAAAUAAAACAGCUGGACAUUUAACAGGAAAUGUUUUAAUGUUACAUGGUGGUAUGGAAGGACGUGUUUUAUGGCAAGAAAAUCUUGAUUAA